AACGGCUGCUGGAGCUGGCGCUCCUUAGUUAUUUAAAAAUUAGUACUUAAUUAAUAAUUGGAUAUAAAAAAUGAAUUAUUAUAGUACUAUUUGUUUAUGCGACCGAAUUCUCCAUAUUCAGAAAUACUUCUCAACUAACUCUCUAGUAGGUUCUCAGGUUUUUUAUCUUACCUAAUCGAAUGACUGAAUAAACCAAAUUGUCAUGUUCGACAUGGAUGCAGUUGAUGAUGCUAAUCAGUCACAAGAAACACCAAAAAAUGAUGUAAUGUCCUUCUUUGAGUCAGCUCCGCUACUAAAGGAUGCUGCUGAAAUUGAAAAAAGUUUGACGGAAUUCGUUGAUCGCAAUACAUCAUCAUCAGGCAAAUGUUAUUUCAUGAAUGGAAAAGCAAAUAGGGUGGUCUGUAUUACUUCCGGUGGUACAACUGUUCCUUUGGAAAAGCAAUGUGUUCGUUAUAUUGACAACUUUGCUUCUGGUCAUAGAGGGGCUGCAUCCACAGAAUACUUUUUGAAGGUGGGUUAUUCUGUAGUCUUUCUCUACCGAAGGGGGUCGUGCCAGCCAUUUUGUAGUAAUCUGCCCGAAGAUCCGCUGCUAGAGUGCUUUAGUGUUGCUGAUGAUUCAAGUAUUGAAGUGGACGCAUUGCAUGCUGAAACAGUGAAGAGAGCCAUUACUGAAAAUCGUGCAGCAGUUGCUGAGGGCAUCCUGUUGAAACUUCCAUUUACAACAAUUUUUGAGUAUUUGCAGAUUCUUCAGCUAAUUUCUGUAUCUUUGAGGGACUUCGGGCCUAGUGCUAUUUUCUUUCUUGCAGCUGCAGUUUCUGAUUUUUAUGUUCCGUGGGAAAGCAUGGCUUUACAUAAAAUCCAGUCAGCAUCUGGUCCUCUGGAUAUGCGACUCGCCCAAGUACCAAAGAUGCUCUCAGUGCUUAGGAAUGAGUGGGCACCGAUGGCAUUCCACAUAUCUUUUAAGCUUGAAACAGACACAGAUAUCCUUUUAGCAAAGGCUGAUAUGGCCCUCAAAAAAUACAAGAUGCACAUGGUGAUAGCUAACGAGCUUUUAACCCGUAAAGAGCAAGUUAUAGUUGUCACUGAGCAGGAAAAAGUCACAGUUUGCAGGGACAGCACUCGGGCAGGGGCUGAAGUCGAAUGUCCGCUGGUUGAGCUCGUUGUUGAUAGACAUUCAGCAUAUAUCAAGAAUUUUGAUGCAUAACCCAAUGGAUAGAUCAACAUUUUAUCACUGAAAUAUGGAGUAACGCCUUACAUGGACAUUUCAAUAAGCAAAAUUAAUGCAGCCAAUUGCUCAAAAAUAAAUACACAACCUCAGGUUAUCCUGUAAAAAGGAAAAGAAAAGAGUGUUUCUUGAGCUUGUUUUAUUUUUGUUUGGCAAACUGUUUUUCUAAAUUCCCUUUUCUUUUGUGUGAUACUGAUUUUUCUCAUUGUUGAUAGUUUUUAUUAGUCUGUUGUGAGAUUGCUGCUUUACUCAUUAACACCAUUCAAUCAAACAAGCUACAGAUACAAAUACAAAA